AUGUCGACAUCUUCUAAGAACUCAUAUCGCAUCUCGCGACGUCUUAACAGCCACACAAGUCAGGACCUACGGCAUGCGCGCAAUAUCUCUCUGGCUAGGCGACGGCCCGUCACCCACAAUGACGCCUAUACAUAUGCUCUCCGGGUUGCCGUUCUUUCAUAUAUCCUGCAGCCGCGAUUACGAAGACCGCAAAGCCAGCCGCCGCCAAAACCUCGCGUCAACAGGUCGUCAACAUCGUUCCAAGACCUUAUGAAAGAUUUUACUUUGGUGAGGGACUCAAAAAGUACAAGAUUUCCGCAUGGUUUCAUUGCAGAGCUGGAAAAGCGCUUAACGGGUGUGCUUAUCGGUCGUGAGAGGAGAAAGGAAUACCAGGACCCUACUGUUAAACGGACUUUUGCAGUUUUCCUCAACGCCCUAAAGGAACAAACCUUUAAGAAGAGAAUGGAAAAGGAUAGACGAGUAGAAGACCUUGUGCUGAUCUUCUUUUCAAAUGCUACGAAGGAGCUAUCCAAAGGAAAGCCACCUGAAGAUGAUAGCUGGAAGUUAAUGGUUGAUCGGCAUGUUGCCCUUUUUGUCAGACUGAUCUCUCUCAUAAUGAAAGACCAUGAUUGGCUACGAGAAAAACCCGAAUUAGCUUCCAGAUUAUCCGUUCUCGAAUCUAAGUUAUUGGCCCAUGAUCAGGACCUAGCUGAGCCUUCUCAAUCCGAUGGAGUAGGAUCCGCCAUGGAAAUAGUGCCAUUGAGUUACGAUGUCAAAGAUAUGCCGUUGGUACAAGUUGUUGCCAAAAUCUUUGGUCUAAGAGAAUCGCAAGUUCAAUCUGAUGUGAAUAAAAAUAAAGACAGUUGGACAGCCAAAGAAGCCUUGCGAGAUCUCAAAACAUAUCAAACGCAUCUUAAUUUACGCACUGGGAAGACUCUUUCUAAAGCUGAUUUUGAACAUGACGAUGGCUACGAGCUUUGGAAAAAGGCAGAGGCUCCAGACCUAUCCCAGAUGAUGCUAGCCAUUGUACAGUCAAACCCAGAGCUUGCUAGAAGUACACCCGGCGCUGGAUUACCUCAAUUUAACGAUUCCCACCUCGACAUGUCACCUGUUUCAGAUACUCCUCCACCUCAUGUUUUCAAUCAGCCCGCUGAUUUAUCUUCACUAUCCCUAGCUGAUUCUGUCGAUGAGCCACAACUUGAUACAGGCGACCUGUAUACCUUCAUUCCCCCUGAUCCAAGGUCUUAUUAUCGUUUUAUCCUUGUUCAAAUCGCUUCCCACGAUCUGAAUGACAGGGCGCUAGAGCCCUCUGAUGCCACUGCCGAGAAUCCAACACUGAAACUUCUUUCUAAGCAGUCAAUGGAACUUCUCAAUGAAUUAGGCUUGCGAUGGCGAAUACCUACCUGCUCUCGCGUGACACUAUUCUUAGAUGUUUUCGCAGCUAAAUAUGUAGAUCAAGAGGUUGACCUUGACACCCUAGAUUCAGCGUUUAUCUUCCUCAAAGAACCUCCUGCAGAGAGAAACAAGCGGGCAAGUUUCGUCGCACCGGUAUUUUAUGAGAGAAACAAAUUCACAAGAGCCGAUAUUUGUACUAUGCAGCGAACUCUUCUAGCACUGCACAACGCGCUGCUCCGCCAAUUAUAUGAAACGAUGAUGCAUUGUUAUGAUAGCAAAAUUCCACCCCUUGGCCCUGUUCUCUAUGUAAUUGAGAAUCAUGUUGAAUCUGACCCUAGUUUCUUAUCCAACGAUGUGGACCAAGAACAUUUCCAAGGCUAUGCGCAUCAGGGAUUGGUAGAGAAGGCAAAAGAGGUGUAUCAAGAAAAUCUCAAUAAUGAAAUUCCUCCUGAGCAGGAAACAUGGGAAUUUUAUCAUGUCGUUCAGCUUAGCAAGGCUAUCCUGAAGCUUUGCCAACGAAUCCAAAAAAGAUACAAAAAAAAUCCAGAAAUCAUGGGUGUUAAUGUCCUCACGACGCUUAUACACUGCGUUCUUCCCAUGUUUGCUGAGGAUGCUCAGGAUAUAGUCCGAAGAAUUAUCGAGCAAGCUACCGCCAACGGUGGAGAAAUUGAGGUACAGGAUGGAUUUGAUUUGUAUAAGGAAUUAUCGGACAUGCGCCGGGUUUAUGGUGACGCACUUCCAGGAGAACCCUUUCCCAUACCUAUCGAGCAACUGCUGGCUGAUUUUGUUUGGCGCUGGAUUAAACUUACUGAUGAGAAGAUGGUUUGUUGGGUAGAGCAGGCCGUUAAGCAAGACGGAUUUAAAGUUCGAACGGAGUCUCCAGAACAUAUACCCACUGAGGAACAACGGCAUAGCGUAUCUGUAGGGGACAUAUUCAGAUCAUUCAACCAAGUGGUUAAUCAGAUAGUGGAGCUUCAGUGGGAUGACGAUGUUGGAUAUGCAAAGUUCAUGACUGCAAUCUCAAAAUCUAUUGGUGACGGGCUUUCGAGAUACUGCGAAAUUAUUGAACAGUUAUUUAUUAAGGAGAUGGAUCGACCUACACCUGAGCAAGAGGCGGCUACUAGACAGACAAAACAAGAAAAAUGGAUGCAAUUGGCAAAAGAAGCAUGGAGCAAUAAAGAGAAAGUAGAACCGUUUCAAUUCUUUGCAGAGUCUUUCGUGAAACUCAACAAUAUUGAAUAUGCUCUACAGCAGCUCGAUAAACUGGAAAAAGAUAUCAACGUUGAUGGGUGCGCGGAUGUCAUUGCUAAGAACACUCCUGCACUUGCCAAAAAGCAACGCAAAGUAACCACUUACGUUUUCACGGUAAAGAUUGUGGAAGCGGAAGAUUUAAAAGGAUGUGACAUGGAUGGUCUAAGUGACCCCUAUGUCGUUCUCACUGAUGAAUACCAAAAACGCAUUUAUAAAACCCGUAUAAUAUAUGACAACCUCAAUCCAAGAUGGGAUGAUACCGUCGAUAUAAUGACCAAAAGCCCCCUAAACAUUAUAGCUACUCUUUGGGACUGGGACGCCGUUGGUGAUCACGAUUAUGUCGGACGGACAUCUCUGAAGCUAGACCCAGCCCACUUUAGCGACUUUGCACCGAGGGAAUACUGGCUAGAUCUCGAUACCCAAGGCAGGUUGUUACUUCGAGUUAGCAUGGAAGGAGAGCGUGAUGAUAUUCAAUUUUACUUUGGUAAGACUUUUCGGAUUUUGAAGCGAACGCAGAGAGAAAUGACCCGGAAAACGACAGAAAAGCUUUCUGCAUAUAUUAACCACUGCCUAUCACGCAGGGCUUUAAAAGCCUUACUUUCAAAAGGGAUCAGCAUGUCAACAGUCUCGAAUUAUUUCAACAGGAACCGAACUCAAACGAACCAGGCCCCUACGUCUGCUGAGAUUGAAGGAGCACUACACCCAUUGUUUACAUACUUUGACGACAACUUUUCGAUUAUGAACCAAACGCUUACUGCUGAUGCGAUGAGAACUGUCAUGGCUCGACUAUGGAAAGAAGUUCUCGUCACAGUAGAGGCUCUUCUUGUUCCCCCACUAUCUGAUAAGCCUUCUCACCAGCGGCCUCUAACUCAGCAAGAGGUCGAUAUUGUAUCCCGUUGGCUCACGCUCUUGCUUAACUUUUUUAAUGCUGUUGACGAGGAAACAGGCGAGGCCAAUGGCGUCCCAAUGGACAUUCUUAAAUCCCCAAAAUACCACGAGAUCCAAACCCUUUUCUUCUUCUAUUUCGAGCCGACGGAACAUCUUAUUCGCACAUCGGAGCGCAUGGCCAACGCCACAGCCGCGCGACAGCAAGCCAACCGCAGCCGCCUCUCAGUGACUUCAGCAUCGUUUACGCCCUUAUCGGGCAUUCAGUCCAACCGACGCGGAAAGAGCAUCAUGUAUAAACGAAACCUGGGCACGAUGAAAAAGGCUAAGGAGGAAAAAUGGCGCGAGGCACAAGCAGAGCCAAAUGACGACAUGAUCCUGCGUAUUUUGCGCAUGAAGCCUGAGGCAGCGAGCUAUCUGCGUGAUAGAAGUCGACAGAAAGAGAGACUUGCUACAGCGGCAGCUGCGGACUUAAUUGUGAAGCAGAGUCUGAUGGCUAGCGGUGGUGGACGAAUGGGUGGAAUGUUACCAAGGUGA